CAGGACCGCAUCACCGAUGUCUCCUCCAGUGUUGUGCCAUAUCGAAUGACAAAACGUCUUCACCAUGCGAAUGCAACCUGGCCAUGCGUGUUGCUGGACAGUUUACCGACCAUGAGCGUCGUAGAUUCAAGUGUUAUUCUCAUGUCCAAGUGGCCCAGCAACGAGGGCUCGACGUCGGUCCAGUUGCUGUAGCCGCGCUAAGCAACAUGGUGGUGACCUCAAACGCACGCCAAGCAAUGAGCAGCUCGACACUUUCGACGCCCCCUUUGCACGAGUGUUUCUUCGACGUGGAUGUAGCCGCCGCGGCGUCCUUGCUUGAUGUGCACCCGUCUUUGGAUAUCAUUUUAUACACAUUCAAGUCGUACCUCGUCCUUGACGGCGCCAUCGUGGGAUGGGCUCAGUCGUCUCCAUUUACCAUCACCGUCGAUGCCCCCGAUGCUAUGAUACCCCCCUCAAGUGUCACGAUUGGCUCAGAACCGGUGUUAAGUCUGUUUGCAUUUUGUGACUGUACUGGACGCUUUUUCUCGUCCAACUACCUUCGAACGAACAAAUCGUGUGGCCGAAAAGAAAUGCGCUGUUUCCCUCACUGUUGCCCCCAGCACAUGCCCCACAACAGCUGCAACGUCCCCCUUCACGUCCGCCUCCACUCGGCGGACUCACAGCUAAGCCUCGUUGCCCGCGUUGAACUGUUAACGUCAACGUUACGUAUUGGCGACGUUGUAUCCGUUGAAGCCAUUCAGCAUGAUACGAACUGGAUCACUGGUUCUGAAGUUGCCCACGACGACACUGGGGCCAUUUAUGUGUUCCGAGCAACUCAACAGCUCGGCGAUCGCCACGUGAUGAUGGGAUGGCCAUAUGACUGGGCCUCCACUUCAUCGCAUGCCAGUCGAGAGCAUUUGCACGUCUGGACAGCGUAUGCUUUGGCUAUUGGGGGAAACCACGAAGGAAUGCCAACAACAAAGAUGCAAGUCGUAGGCGUUUUGACGUCGCCGGCAUUCACAGUCGUGUCGUAUCGCCGUCGUCGUAAGAAUGAGAACUAAUUCCACCUCCAGCUAUUUUUGCUGGAUUUUAAUC